UGCUGUAGGUUUGGCUACUGCUUUGAGGUUUUCCUGUUUAAGCAAACCUCCCCUGAGAGACAGGAACUUUAUAUUACAAGUCAUGCUCAGAUCAAGCAAAGGAAACAGUUUUUUUCAGACCUGCUGGUUUGCUGCCCUUUACAGCCCUGUCUGUCAAGACUGAAGCCGAAUUACAAGAGAUUUAACAAUCGUGCUGAUUUUGGAAGAUUUGGGGAUGUAUUCGCCACUGGGCUCCGUCAUUUAUCUUUUCUAUGCCAUCACCACACUUGCAUUUGCUGAGAAAAUUCUGGUUUUCCCACAUGAUGGCAGCCACUGGGUGAACAUGAACGUGCUUGUCGAGGAGCUGCAUUCACGGGGACACUUUGUGACAGUCAUUCGGGCUGCAGACAGCUGGUACAUCAGUGAGACGGCUCCACAUUAUGAGGCCAUCACAGUGGAUGUGGAGGUCGGUGGCAACGAGGAUUUUUAUCGUCUCUUUGUCUCUGAGGUUAUUAAAAUUAAAAGAAGCAGUGGGUCUGCAUGGGCCCGUUUCGCUUUAGACAUGGAGUUGAAAGACAAGUUCUAUGAAUUACACAAACAGAUAUGUAAGAUGAUUGUACACAUAUUUGAAAGUAAAGAGUUAAUGAAGGUACUCCAGGAGGCCAAAUAUGACGCAGUUUUAACUGACCCUGCAAAUGGAGGAGGUGUGUUUUUGGCUCACUCCCUUGGCCUGCCGAUGGUGUUCAAUGCUCGUUGGACUGUUCAUGGUGAGGCACAUUUUGCUAUUGCACCUUCUCCUCUUUCCUAUGUCCCACUUCCACCAUCGGAGCUUACGGAUAAUAUGACGUUCUUUGAGAGGGUGAAAAACAUAAUUUUCUACCAUAUGAGAAUGCAUCUGUACAAGCAGGUUGUUGCACCACAUUACUCUUCUUUGUGUAAGCGCUACUUUGGCCCAGAUGUGGACUACUUCUCUUUGUUUCAAGCUGCAGAUCUGUGGCUGAUGAGAGUCGACUUUGUGUUCGAGUUCCCCCGUCCCACCAUGCCAAAUGUUUUCUACAUGGGAGGAUUCCAGUGUAAACCUGCAAAACCUCUGCCACAGCACUUGGAGGAGUUUGUGCAAAGUUCUGGAGAGCAUGGAGUCAUCAUCAUGUCUUUGGGGACUUUAAUUGGCGAGCUUCCACGUGACUUGGCAGAUGAAAUUGCUGCUGGUUUUGCUAACUUACCACAGAAAGUUAUCUGGAGGUAUAAGGGAGCCAAACCUCCCUCUUUAGGAAACAAUACUUUAAUAAUAGACUGGAUGCCUCAGAAUGACCUCCUAGGGCAUCCGAAAAUCAAACUUUUUGUAAGUCAUGGAGGAACAAAUGGAAUUUACGAGGCCAUCUAUCAUGGGGUUCCAAUAGUGGGCAUUCCCUUUGUGUUUGAUCAAGCUGACAAUCUCUCCAGACUCAGAGCUAAAGGAGUUGCAAGGAUUUUGGAUGUGUCAGAUUUAAAUCAAAAAGUCUUUCAGAAAACUCUGCAGGAAGUCUUGUAUGAGCCAUCUUACAGGAUGAACAUGCAGACACUCUCCCGACUACACAGAGAUCAGCAGGUGAGGCCACUAGAUCGAGCCAUCUUCUGGAUUGAGUUUGUCAUGAGGCACAAAGGUGCUGCUCACCUCAGAACUGAGUCCUACAGACUACCCUGGUAUUCCUACUACUCAGUAGAUGUCAUAUUAUUUUUAAUAGUAAUUUCUGUACUAGUGUUGUUGGUUUUCUUUUGGUUAUUGUGGCACUGCUUCAAAUUAUGCUGUAAAAGAAAAUUAAAAUCUGACUGAGUAGGGCACCAAUCAGGUAUAAUAUCAUGUCAACUGACCAGUUGUUCUACAUGGUUCUUUUUCAACCGUUAUAUAAAACAGAACCAGUGAGUUUUUGACAUAAGACAAUUUAAGUCACAACUUUUGUAGACAAAAAGCCUGUACAUGUAGUACUGUUCAGCUGGUUGAGGUUGGGAGUAGUUCUAAUAUGUCAUAUGACUCUGAGUUUGCAGAAAAGUAAAGAAAUCGUCAUGGAGGUGGAAAACUAAUCCUCUGUUUUAGCUGAUUUUUAGUAGUAUACAAACUCUCCAACUAAAAAAUUUUAAUAUCUGUUGAAUGCAGUGACAUAUUGGAGGAUAUGGAAUGUAUAAACAUUAAAUAGAGUGUUGUUCAGUUCGUUGCUCAUUUCUUAAAUUAGCAAUGCAUGUGUUACUGUGCUAAUUGAUUUUCUAAUUUGUCUACAACCUCACUGCAAUAUGACAUUUUUUUUUUUAACUACGGGUGUAGGAACAAUUGCUUAUAAUAAUUUCAAAUGAUCUCAAUUAAAAAUUCUGAACUAUUGCUUUAAAACUGGUUCUCGUAGAAAGGUGUCAGAAUAAAUGUUGCAUCGCAGUUUGUUGCCACAGACCAGUCAGGAUUAAAGCAGUAUUCUCAGAUGGCUUUGGUCUUUUUCAGCAGGAUAAUACGCCCUGCCACAAAUCAAAAGUGGUUCUGGGAACGGUCUGAGUAGCACAACAAUGAGUUUGUGGAAUUGACUUGGCCUCCACAUUCCCAAGAUCCCAGUUGAAUCAAGCUGAAUGUGCAGGACAGACCAACGCAAAACAUGGAGGCCCGGACUCGCAAUUUAAAGGACUUGAAGGAUCUGCUGCAAACAUCUUAGUGCUAGACAUCAGAACACACACCUUUGGGUCCAAAGUAUUAGACAGUUGGUCAUAAUAUUUUGCCUGAUUAGUGUAUGUACCUCUUUGCUCAUUUCAUGUGGCUUAUCUUCUAUUUUACUGUAUUAGACUGAACAACAUGCAGUUCUGUUUCCUAGCUUGACUAUCUGUUGUAAUGCAAUUAAACUGUAGCACAAAGUUUACAUUUCAAAAUGUUUAUUUUUCUCUUAAAAAAUAGUGACAUUAAUAAUAAAGGUUGGAUUUACUGCAGAAAUA